UGCUCAAUUGAUUUUUCAUUAUAUUUGGAAUUUAAAAACGUCAGACUAUUAAAUCAAUUCAAUUUCAUAAUUUGCUAAACUCAUAAAAUCGUCUGUUACAAUAAAUGUUUUGAGAAAAUCGGAGCUGUCAUGGAGAGAUAAAAUGGUCCAGGACAAUACAUCAACCGAGACUUUUCAUAAAUGAAAAAAUAUGGUCCCGUUACCGACAGUGACAUUGGCAAUUAAGGGCUUGAGAUCGUUCCCGUGGCUCCUGCCCUUGAUAUCCCCCAGUAGAUUAAUACAGACUAGUCCCUGUUGUCUUGCGAGUCUCGAGGAAGACAAGAAAUCUGAGGUAUCACUGUUCAAAACAGUGAAGAAGCACGACAAGGAGAAGGAAACGUAUUUGAAUGUCAUUUAUACUUACAAGAAUUCUCCACCCAGAAAAACGGGACACGUUCAGUUUAUCUACGCUGCGAUGAGGUACAUGGAUGAAUUUGGAGUGAAUGAGGAUCUGGAAGUGUACAAAGCAGUGAUGGAUACAAUGCCAAAAGGGAGAUUCGUGAGUAGAACUCUUAUGCAGGCUGAGUUAAUGCUCUAUCCGCGUGAACAACAAUGUGCAAUAGAGUUCUUGGAGAAGAUGGAGAACAAUGGGGUGAUCCCGGAUGAGGAGCUCGAGAUGAUGUUGAUUAAUAUUUUUGGCGAUCUAGCAGUGCCUCUGAGGAAGCUCAGGAGGAUGACAUAUUGGCAGGGCAAGUUCAAGAACUUGAACCCUUGGCCCUGGCCCCACCCUAUGCCCAAUGAACCUCUCGAAUUAGCCAAGAUAGCUAUCGAGAAGAUUGCCACUGUCGAUGUGCAAAGUACCAUCACUGUUUUUCAUACUGAUAGUGUCAAAGAGUCCAUUGAUAAGACCUGGAUCGUAUCGGCUUCAAGUCCUGAUCAGGAGAGACUCAUUGCAGAACAUCCUCAGGAUGUUGCUGCAUAUGUUGAGGGGCCUUUCAAGGUCUGGGUGUCAAAGGGGGCUGUAGACUAUUUUUUGUUGAGGGCUGAUCCACUGAAAAAUUGGAAAGGAAAUAAUUAUGAUAAAGACGAUGUCUCAAACUUCGAGGUAAAUUUUUGGAAAAUGAAUCGGACAUCCUUAGCUCAUCGACGGGCCAUCCACGAACAGGACGAACAAACAAUCUUUGGUAUCUGUGCAACGGGGACUUCAAGUAAAGACUCUUUACUUUCAUGGAUCAGGUGCCUCCAGCCUCGAAACCCUAUGUUGGAAAAAAUUCCUAUUCUCUUCAAAUUCAGGCAGCCCGUAGACGAACAGUUGAGGACAUUGAACGCUGGACAGCCGGUCGAUCAGCAAGGUGUUCAGGGAGAGUCAGUGGAAAAAAUCGAAAAUUGACACGAUACGUUAUGAAUCAUUUGUAAAUAAAAAAAUAAAA